CUCCAUCUUUUUAUCUGUCUAUCUGUAUCGAAGGAAGGCAUAAAAUAGAAGUGGCGGUGCCCUGUCCUCUUCUGUCUCGAGAAGUCAUCAUCCUCUUCCAUUAUUUUUUCCUUUUCUGCUCGAGAGAGAACCGAACCAACCAACAUGUCGGACGAGGAGCACCACUUUGAAUCGAAGGCUGAUGCAGGAGCCUCCAAGACUUACCCUCAGCAAGCUGGUACUAUCCGCAAGAAUGGCUAUAUAGUCAUCAAGAACCGUCCUUGCAAGGUUGUUGAGGUUUCCACCUCAAAGACAGGAAAGCAUGGACAUGCUAAGUGCCACUUUGUGGGGAUUGAUAUAUUUAAUGGGAAAAAGCUUGAAGAUAUUGUUCCUUCAUCUCACAACUGUGAUGUUCCCCAUGUUAAUCGUACUGAUUAUCAGCUGAUUGAUAUCUCUGAAGAUGGCUUUGUGAGUCUUUUGACUGAAAAUGGAAAUACCAAGGAUGAUCUGAGGCUUCCCACCGAUGAUAAUCUGCUUACUCCGGAAAAUAUCCACAGAGAACAGAAAACACUAGGGAUGAUGAAGCUAGAAGAGCAGCAGUUGAUGCUGGGAGGUAUGCAUGUAUGAGCAUAUGCAUACAUG